UCGCUGCGACGGUUGCGCUGGGUUUAGUCUGUAAAUUAAAUAUUCUGUCGCUGUUCAAAACAUCGUAAACCGUACUAAUAAUAACAGAAGGCGCAGUAAUAGGCUUAGGUUCGUGUUGUCAUUAUAUAUCGUGUGAAAAUAUUUGUAAUUAUUACGUAAAUAAUUACUGAAAGACAUUUCCAACAGUUUGAAGAAAUAACCAUCACCUGGUUGAGUGCCGGACCUGUCUGCAUUGAUCAGUAAGCUGUAGAUGGAACCGAAGCUGAUCAAGGAGGAAGUUCCAGACCGCGACAAUGGCUCCUCCAGUUGUAUCAGUAACAGCAAAGAGCUCUCCCGAGGGGGACGACAGUCCACGCCACCAACGCACCCGGAAGGAGGUGGGGGUUCCGUGUCCAGAACACCCAAAGCAAAAGGGGCCACGAAGGAGCGGGUGAAGACGCCCGACAGCCCCGAAGGUGCGCGCCUCAUGCUCUCUACAGCCACCCCUAUGUCUGCGGGCGGAAACUCAAACUCGACGAGUCCCAUAACUGCUGCUAUCUCCAGCAGUACCACGUCCUUGCGAUAUGCCACGCCUAGUGGCCUCACCGCGGCGCUGCAGAACGGCGCCAACGGCCAAGCCGUCAGCACCGGAAAUGUGUCACCUGUCCUGAACGGAAGUGGAGCCAGUGGAGGCAGCCUGAGUCCACCCCUGCCCCCGUCCACGGCCCUCUCACUGUCGCUGCUGGACUCACACCUUCAUGGCAACAGCAACAGCAGCGGGCGUACCCUGGGCAAGAUGAAGCGAUUCCUUAGCACCCUGGUGCAGUUCGGCAGCGACAUCGCACCUGACACCGGUGACAGAGUCCGCGCCCUCGUCUUCAGCCUAGUCAGUAACAGCAUAACUAUUGAGGAGUUCCACCACUCGCUGCAGGAUGUGACCAACUUCCCCCUCCGCCCUUUCGUCGUCCCGUUUCUCAGGGCGCACCUACCACUUCUGCAGCGCGAACUCAGUAACCUGGCGCGGCUCGCCAAGCAGUCACCGCAGCAGUAUCUGCGGCACCAUGAACAUGUCGUCCUGGACCCAGCCUUCUCCCCCAGUGAACCAUCCGAGAUCUUCCACUCCGACGUCACAGAGAAUGGAAAACGCCGAGCUUCCGAGAGCUUUUAUGAAAACGGACUUGCCGGACCGUCCGAUACGUGCGCUGGCGAAUAUCUGCCUACCCCAAAGCGCCACCACCCUCACAGUAGCAGUAGUCAUCUGUUGUUACAACAUGGGGCUGGUCUUCUGUUCUCUCCUGGUGCCGGUGGUGCUGGAGCGGUUGCAUCAUCUCAUCCCCACGUUCCUCCAUCUCCACAUUUGCACCCUGCUGCCGAGUACAGCCAACAGUAUGGCUAUGCUUCGUACCCUGGCCCUCCUCACUGCAACACACGAGACUCCACAGCUGACCUCCUCGCGGACCGCAGGCAUGGUGACGAGGAGUGGAAGAACAUCCACGUGAUGCUGAAUUGUAUCCUAAGUAUGGUGGAGAAAACAAAGCGUGCACUAGCCAUCUUGCAGCAUCGCGGUGCUAAUUCUGUGGAGAACGGCGCUGCUGUCGGUGGCAAUUCAGCGAACGAGUGGUUGCGACGGUCUGCUCCAACAGACGCCAGCGAAGCCAGAGACAUCAAACGAACGGCGGGGGAAAUAAUGGCACAAACCAUCAGGGUCACUGAGGACAGAGUGGCAGAAGUAAAAAGACGAGCAGAAGAAGCAGUGAAUGAAGUAAAGCGACAAGCUGUUGCAGAAUUACAAAGGGCUGUUGCAGCUGCUGAAAGUAAAGCAUGUGAACUUGUUGCAACAGAACGUGCCAAGAUGGAGAAACUGUUGCUGGAGGCACGUAAGCAGGCUACUGAAGAAGCUCUGGCAGCAGUUGUUGUUGCCAAUCAACAACAACAACAGCAAGCUGAAAGUAGUGAGGUUGUGAACCCACUCCCAGCUCCUUCUCAACAGAAUUGGUAUUGUCCUGAUAUUUUCAAGGGAUGGACUAAGGAAAACCAUGAAAGACCUCAGAAUAGAGAAGAAGCAGUGAAUGAAGUAAAGCGACAAGCUGUUGCAGAAUUACAAAGGGCUGUUGCAGCUGCUGAAAGUAAAGCAUGUGAACUUGUUGCAACAGAACGUGCCAAGAUGGAGAAACUGUUGCUGGAGGCACGUAAGCAGGCUACUGAAGAAGCUCUGGCAGCAGUUGUUGUUGCCAAUCAACAACAACAACAGCAAGCUGAAAGUAGUGAGGUUGUGAACCCACUCCCAGCUCCUUCUCAACAGAAUACAGCUGCUGCAACUCUCCAGCAACUGCGCUCUACUACCAGACAGCUAACAUGGCUGCCGCAGCUCUCCAGCAACCGCGCUCUGCCACUAGACAGCUAA